AUGUCGAAGCCUAAAGGGUUCAAGUACACAAGUGGACAGUACAUAUAUGUCAACUGUGCUGACGUCUCACCAUUACAAUGGCAUCCGUUUUCAAUUACUUCGGCUUCCGGGGACGAUUAUCUCAGCAUUCAUAUCCGCACACUCGGCGACUGGACAUCGCAACUCAAAUCCUUAUUUUCCAAGGUUUGUCAAGUUCCGUCGUCAACAAGUCAAAGUGAGCUCUUCCUAGCUGAUAUAGGCCAGGCCAACAACAUUGCCAGGGAAAGGUUUCCGAGGCUUUUGAUCGAUGGUCCAUAUGGUGCACCGGCACAAGAUUACCGGAAAUACGAUGUAUUGCUUCUGGUGGGUCUAGGGAUCGGAGCGACCCCAUUAAUCAGCAUAGUCAGGGAUCUCCUUAACAACAUCAAGAACCAUAAAUUAUCCAUCGAAGAAGGCACUAACCACAAUGUCCGAAGAAAGUAUGUCGCCACAAAACGAGCUUAUUUCUACUGGGUAACAAGAGAGCAGGGAUCUUUAGAAUGGUUCAGUGAGGUCAUGAACGAGGUAGCUGAGUAUGAUAGUGAGGGGAUUAUUGAGCUACAUAAUUACUGCACGAGCGUGUACGAGGAAGGAGACGCGAGGUCAGCGCUAAUCACGAUGUUACAGUCAUUGCACCACGACAAGAGCGGUAUUGACAUCGUGUCAGGUACUCGGGUCCGGACCCACUUCGCUAGACCCGAUUGGCGAAGUGUCUUCAAGCACGUCGCUGUGAACCACGUCAAUCAGCGAGUUGGGGUUUUCUACUGUGGUAAUUCAUGCAUCGUAGGAGAGUUGAAGAGGUUGGCUCAAGACUUUUCAAGGAAAACUGCGACCAAGUUUGAGUUCCACAAGGAAAACUUUUGA